AUGACAGGUUCCCAAAAGAUCCAGAUAUUAAAGAUAAAUGGAUUUUCUGCUACUGGAAAAACAAAUUGGUUCCCAACGAAGUAUAGCAGAAUUUGUUCUGUUAAUUUCACAAAUGAACAAUUUAACUCGUCAACAAAAAGGCGGACUUUGAUCAAAUCAGCAGUACCGACAGUCGACAUAUGGAAACUGAUUACGGCAACAGAUAAUUUUCAGCCAACGAUGACGCCAUCAACGUCUAAAUGUGAAUUUCCAGAGAUAGUUGAUUCCGCAGGUAACCAGCAAUUGACGCCCUCAAUAAGUGAUUCUGUGAAAGCUGACACUCCGAGGAAAAAAAAAUUACGCUCUGAAAUUAUUAGAAGUCGCGUCGUCAUUGCAGACCAGCGACAUUCAAACAUCUUUAAA